CAACGUUAUUGUUUAGAAAAGUUAAUUGGCAACCUGUACCACCUGCAUCUCUCUUCACGUUACAGUUAAGAGACAAUAAUCCGCGCACGGAAUAACGAACAAACUAGUUCAAGCAACCAUAAAUAUGUAGAACCAGCCACUGGCUCCCAACCAUCCCAAUCAUCGAUGUCAUUCUCAUCGCAACAGCAGCAGAGCAGAGAGAUCUUCUUCGAGCUCUCUCCAAUGGCCAAGAUCCAGCCCCUUCCUGCCGCGGCAGCCUCGCCUUCUCCCUGCUCCGGUGAUCACCACCAGAGCCCACAGGCGUAUAAGGUCUGGAUGAAGUCGCUGGUGUUCAACGGCAACGGCUGCGCCGUGUACGGGCCCGACGGCGCCGUCGCCUUCCGCGUCGACAACUACGGCUGCAGGGGCGGCCGCGAGGUUUUCUUCAUGGACCGUCAGGGGAACGCCCUCGUCAGGAUCAGGCGCAAGGGCUUCGGCAUGUUCAAGAGAUGGGAGGUCUGCCGUUGCGCCCACAACGGCCACCAGGACGAGGAAGCGACGCCGUGGUUCAGCGUGCGGCGGGCCGAGAAGGGCAGGGCCGCCGUGGCGAUGCACGGCGGCAGCGGCACGUGCUACAGGAUCGACGAGUGCUCCGGCGAGCACAAGCCCGAGUACAGAGUCCGCGGCGUGGACGGCUCUGCCGUGGCGGAGGUGGCCCGGAAGCAGACGGCGGCGGGGGUGGUGCUAGGGGAGGACGUGCUGACGCUGACGAUGGCGCCGGAGGUGGAUCACCUACUCGUCCUGGGCUUGGUCGUGGUGUGCGGCCUCAUGAACCGAUCCAUGUGAUGGAUGCAUGCAUGGAACGGCCGGCAAUCUUCUUCGGUUUCCAUGCGGUUUCAUUUCCAAACUAGGAAGUUCCUUUUUAGAUGAGCUAAAAAGUUUUGGACGACGAUAACUGCCACACGUGUGGUUGUUAAGGGGUGUGCCUACACGUUUUGUAUGUUUAAGAGGACCAGCCCAUACACCUACGUGUGGGUAAAACAACUAGCGCACAUACACCUUUUUUUUCCUUGCGCUCCCUCUCACACGCCUAUGUGUGGGCAAAAUGAAUAACGCCCACACGAUGUCUCUCAGCCACCUACCUCACGGUCUCACAUUCCCCGCGUGACAGUCACCACGCGUCUCCGCAGUUGCCAUGGUCCGGACCCUCUUCAAUGUCCGUU